GGCUCCAGUCAGGCUGACGCCGCGGCUCUUUGCUGCCGGAGCGUCGCGGGCUCCGUCCAAAACACACGCGCUGCGCACCUCCAAUCAGGCAGGAGCGCGCCAGAUAGAGCGCACGCGGAAUUAUCUGACUGCUGGGUUAUUAUCAGACUCGUCACGCAAAAAGGAACCAGCUUAUCUGUUCUGUUGACGCUUGAUGAAGAAAUCCCAGUCUUACUUUCUAAGCACGUCUGUAUCUUGGCUUUAAAGAAAUAAACUGGGACUCUUUUUUUCAUGGUGGAAGUGAUUUGAACAGAUCUCCUUUGUGUGCCCCAAGCUUCGAGACGGAUCCAGUCCUAAGUGUCACCCUGUCCCACGAUGCACUCCAGUACAUCCAUCACAUCCCUGUUCUCAUUCACCAGUCCAGCUGUGAAGAGGCUACUAGGAUGGAAACAAGGAGAUGAAGAAGAAAAGUGGGCAGAAAAGGCCGUCGAUUCUCUCGUGAAGAAGCUUAAGAAGAAAAAGGGGGCCAUGGAAGACCUGGAAAAGGCUCUGAGCUGUCCCGGCCAGCCCAGCAAGUGCGUUACCAUUCCUCGUUCCCUGGACGGAAGGCUCCAGGUGUCCCAUCGUAAAGGUCUGCCGCACGUCAUCUACUGUAGAGUGUGGCGCUGGCCGGAUCUUCAAUCCCACCAUGAGCUCAAAGCACUGGACAGUUGCGAGUUUCCUUUCGGCUCCAAACAGAAGGAGAUCUGCAUCAACCCGUAUCAUUACAGACGUGUGGAGACACCAGUGCUGCCGCCAGUUCUCGUGCCACGUCACAGUGAGUUCAACCCACAGCACAGCUUGUUGGCAAAGUUCAGGAAUGCUUCCAUACACAACGAACCCCUGAUGCCGCAGAACGCCACUUACCCGGAUUCAUUCCCUCCGAUUCCUUGUAGCUCCUUUUCUUCAUCCCCUUCUAACUCUUUAAAUCAGUCUCCAACCGCACACAGCUACCCCAACUCCCCAAGCAGUGGGACAGAACCUGGAAGCCCAUAUCAAAUCACAGCAGAGACCCCUCCUCCACCCUAUAGUAUGAUGGAGACUACAUCUACUGAAGACGUGAAACCAGGAGACACCUCCAACACCAAUAAACUCAUUCUGUCUGCGGCACAUAGAGAUUUAAGGCCAGUGUGUUAUGAAGAACCGGAGUACUGGUGCUCAGUGGCGUAUUACGAACUGAACAACCGGGUGGGCGAGACGUUUCACGCCUCCGACAGAAGCAUCCUCGUGGACGGCUUCACGGACCCUUCCAACAACAAGAACCGAUUCUGUCUCGGAUUACUGUCCAACGUCAACCGAAACUCCACCAUCGAACACACCCGCAGACACAUAGGCAAAGGUGUGCACCUGUAUUAUGUCGGAGGGGAGGUGUACGCAGAGUGUUUGAGUGACAGCAGUAUUUUCAUACAAAGUCGGAACUGUAACUACCAGCACGGUUUCCAUCCCACCACCGUCUGCAAGAUCCCGAGUGGAUGCAGCCUCAAGAUCUUCAACAAUCAGUUGUUUGCGCAGCUCCUGUCGCAGUCAGUAAAUCACGGCUUCGAGGUGGUGUAUGAGCUCACCAAGAUGUGUACGAUCAGGAUGAGUUUUGUUAAGGGUUGGGGAGCAGAGUAUCACCGUCAGGAUGUCACCAGCACCCCCUGCUGGAUAGAAAUCCACCUUCACGGACCACUGCAAUGGCUCGACAAGGUUCUGACCCAAAUGGGAUCCCCACACAAUCCUAUUUCCUCUGUGUCAUAAUGCAUUAGAUGCAUUCGUGGCCACGGAUAAAGAGGACUUGGAAUGACUUUUAUAGCUACAUUAUGCUGUCUCGUGAAAAUAUCUGUUAAUUCAGUGGAUGUUUAUGGUACAUGUAGGAUUAGCCAGGAGGUACAGUUAUAAGCUGUCUAAAACAGUUGUGUGGUUGGAUAAGUGUUUUAAUAAAAACUUUAUUUGAUCACUCUUUA